AUUGAUUAAGUUGUCGAGUAUAAAGUUUGAUUCACAGCCUCAAUCUGUUUAAUUCUGUAGAUAUGUUUUAUGUAACCGCCCUACUAGCUCUACUCGGUUUAGCAGCUGGUAACCUUCCGGUUGACGAGGGAGUCUUGUCAAACCCACAGGAACUGUUAACUUUAUUCUCCCAAUACCAGCGCGCUUUCCCUCGUCCUAAUGCUCCCCUCUCUGAACAGCGCUUCCGACUGAAGCUCUUCAAUAAAGCAGCCAGAUUUGUGGUGCAGCAGAACAAGGAGCAGGAAUGGAGAAGUGCAUUGAACAAGUUCUCUGAUUUGACUGAGGAAGAGAUACGAGGAUAUGAAGGGGUGAACAUGACAGCCUCACUAGACUUGGAGCACAUACCUCAGCAACCCCUUUCAGCUGACUACAAGUACCCGGAGGAGUCCAUGUGGUUGGGCAGCACUCUAGAACCUUCUAACCAGGGGAACUGUGGCUCGUGCUGGAUAUUUGGCUCAAUCAGCACACUUGAAGGACGAUAUCACCUGCUGUCAGGGAAACUGAAGAAGUUCUCAGAACAGCAGAUGUUGGAUUGCGUGUUCGCCUGGAGAGAAGAUAAAGGAUGUGGGGGUGGAGCUAACUACUGCACUUACAGUUACCUCAAGAAGGAGGGUAUUCUAGUCAGAGCAGCUGAUUAUCCAGCCUAUCAGGCUAAAGAGAACGAGUGUAAGAUGGAUAAAUACAAGGAUGGGCUGAUCUCUGCCAAAGUAACAGGUUGGAUAUACACCCAUCCCUCGGAGGAAGGGCUCCUUGUUGCUCUCUCUCAAGGACCUACAGCAGUGAGUUUCGAAACAACACCAGCAUUCCGGGCAUACUCCAGCGGGGUGAUACGAGACAACUCCUGUCUUGGUGAGAUGACCACACACGCUGUGGCAGCUGUGGGAUACACUCAAGCUUACAUCCUGAUCAAGAACUCUUGGGGACGGGAGUGGGGAGAACAGGGCUACGUAAAGUUCGGGAGAAACCACCAUGGCUGUCUGCUCUUCACUAAACCCAUCUACCCAGUGUUGAAGAAAACAGGGGCACGUGACACACAGGCAAGUGACCGAGCAACGAGUUACAAACCACGAGAGGAGGAACCUGAACCAGCUCCAGUUUGUAAAGACAACUAUCCUAGUUGGUGGUGCAACAAAUCUAUCUGUUCGAACAAGAACAGGGCUAAUGACUGCAUGAAGACUUGUGGACGAUGUGCUGUUGAUAAGGAUAGUUGUCCCAGGGGCGAAUACAUGUGUCAGGAUGCUACUUGCAAUGCUGAUUGUUAGGUUUAAAGUAUUAUGAUGUUUGAUGAC